GAAGGCUCAGUUACAAGAGAUUAUGAUACAAAAACAAUCUAAGAAUCAGCAUCGGGUAAAAGUUUCAAAAACUUCUAGCACUAGUGGUGACGAAUUUAAUAACAUUGAGGAUACUCGUAGUAUUAGUAAUGAUGAACUUAAUGAUAUUGAGAGUAGUGAUACAGAAAUAAAUAUUCUGAGAAUUGAAGAAGCAAAUAACAUUAUUACAAGAUUGUUGCAAGCAGUCUCAGAAGUGACUAAUCAUCGGCCACUUGUGUAUGUUAGAAAUUCAGUAAGAGCAAAAAGGCGCCAAAGACAAUUACAACGGGAAGCUGCAGUUAGAACACCCAAGCUAGAAUCAUUUUGGCCAUCAAUAGCGAAUGCAUGUACAAGUAUGAACGAUAGUGAUGAUACAAGUAUGAAUGAUGAACCAACUAGUUCAGAUAGUGAUGAUUUUGAGGUUAAGAUUGUCAGUGACCACAAUUUAAUGUCUCCUGAAAACUUAAAUAAUACAAUUAAACAAUUAGAAAAUGAAUUCAAAAGUAAUGAGUAUAGUGAGAUCGAGAAAGCUCGCCUUUAUACAAUGUUAUCUUAUUUGCGUCUUGUAGAACAUAGCCGAAAGAGAGUUGAGGCAAGUACUAUUGUAGCAAAAGCAGCUAGGAAGGGUGUUUAUCAUGCCUGUUGCAUACAUGCAUGGGCAACAAAUUAUAUUCAGAAUGGUGCAAUUCUGAUUUCAAAACAAGGCAAAUAUCCAAAAACCUGGAGCUUUUUGUGGGAUGAAGAUAUUUUGAUACAGAUUAAGUCUUUUCUCCGAUCAAACAAAUGGUGUGUUAAUGCAAAUGAACUGGCAAAUCAUGUAAAUGAAAAAAUAUUUCCAAACCUUUGCUUUGAUCUAUCACCAAUGAUAUGUAUAAGAACGGCUAGAAAUUGGUUGGAAGUAUUUGGGUUUGAAUAUUCAGAAGUCAGAAAAGGAAUGUAUAUAGAUAGGCACAAGCAUACAGAUGUAGUAGCUUAUUGUGAAAGGUUCUUAGAAAGAAUGGCUAAAUAUGAAACACAUAUGAUAGGUUUUUCUAGUGAAAAUAUAGAAGAAGAAACUCAACUAGCUUUUCAAGAUAUUGUAAUUUUAGUAACACACAAUGAAUAUAUCUUCUCAGCAUAUGACGGAAGACGUUGGUUAUGGAUGCCAAAAGGGGAGCAACCACUUCGUAAAAAAGGCCAAGGGCAGUCAGUUCAUGUUAGUGAAUUUCUCACUGAUGUUGGUGGAUGUUUAGUAUUACGUGAAGAAGACAAGAUCGCUUUUUCUAAUCUGCUAUCAGAAGCUUGUGUUAUAACCUACCUGGCUCAGUUUCCAGAUGCAAAAGCUCUUUUUGCAUUUGACAAUGCAACUGGACAUUGUGCAUAUUCCGAAAAUGCCCUUGUAGCAAAAAAUAUGAAUUUAUUUCCCAGUGGCAAAUAG